UUUCGCCUCUGCCUGCGAACAAGUUCGGCGAAUUCCCGAAGCCGCAUGGCAGAACCGGAAAAGGGGCGACCCAAAUACGAGAGGCGUUGGCAAGGCCGCCCAAAUGUCGAGCGCACCAAGCCGGAGAUCCGCAAGGAGCAGCGACAACCACCAAUAACACAGCGCAAUGACGAGAAAUUCCAGCAAAGAGAGAGUUAUCCCUUGGAAGUCCAAAAGUCUUCAGAUAAGCAGGAAUCUCUGCCUGACGUUAUAGUAGCGGGCCAGUAUCGCCUACUGGGCCUGCUCGGAAAAGGUUCCUUUGGGGAACUCUUCCAGGCCGAGUGCCUCAUUGACGGCGAGAUGGUGGCCGUAAAGGUGGAGAAAGCUAAGGGUAAACAUCAACAGCUGCCUCGAGAGGCCAAGAUCUAUGAGAUCCUGCGUGGCGGGGUGGGAAUUCCCGAUGUACGGCAAUUCGCCACCGAAGGGGGGUACAAUCUUAUGGUGAUGGAUCUGCUGGGUCCUACUCUAGAGGACCUUCUACAUACCUGCGGGCACUCAUUCAGCUUAAAAACCACUCUAAUGCUGGCCGAUCAGAUCCUGACCCGCGUGGAGUUCAUCCACCGCAAGUGUUUCAUUCAUCGCGACAUCAAACCAGACAAUUUUCUCAUGGGCCGAGGUCCCCACAUCUGCCAGGUGUUCAUGAUCGACUUCGGUCUGGCCAAGAAGUUCUACAGCAUGCGCUCCGAGACGCACAUCGGCUACAAUGAGGAUCGCAGUCUUGUGGGCACGGCUCGAUAUGCCAGUAUACGGGCCCAUUACGCAGAGCAGAGCCGUCGGGAUGAUCUGGAGGCCGUGGGCUAUCUGCUCCUCUACUUUCAGCGGGGUCGUCUGCCCUGGCAGGGAAUCCGGGCCCAGUCGAUGAAGCAGAAGUACGAGAAGAUAGCCGAGUACAAGGCCAAGCUGUCAGUCGAAGCCCUGUGCUCCGAAGUGCCCGUUCAGUUCUACCUGUACGUAAAAUACUGCCGGAAGCUGCAUUUCGCCGAAAAGCCAGACUACAUUUAUUUGCGCACGCUUUUCAAGGUGCUUUUCCGGAACAAGUUGAUGUCGCUGGAUAACAUGUACGACUGGGUGCUUAUCCACAAGCGGAAUCUGAAGGAGAAACGAGCACGUCAAAAGAUCAAGGAGAGGCUAAGCGAUGGGGACAAAGAUCGCAAGAAGGAUAAACCUGUAGAGAGGGAAAGGAACCCAGAAAAGUCCUGCACCCAAGAAGCUGCUACCCAAAAGGAAAUUAACAAGGAAUGCUACUUCAUCCAUUACCUUCCCGACGGGGGGGAUCACGAUCGGAAUCAAAGUAAAGAGCUGCAGACUGCGCAGAUUAAUGUUGGGGAUCCGAAGGACUCCCACCAUAUGCCACGCCGCAUUUGAUAUUUUCACUUUUUGCAAAUAUUCCUUCGUGUUAAUUAACUGCCUAGCAACUAUACGAGUAUUUAGCAUAACUCAACCGUUUACCCAUCUCAGCCUCUUUGUUCGGCAAAUCGCGGCUUGGGCAAUUGGCAGGAGCUGCCUCGGUGCAGAGAAGCCAACUGGCAACUUCGCAAACAAUGGGGCGAAACUUUGUGGGGAGUUCGUUACGGAGAAAUCGAUACCCUGCCAGCUCGAAUGGAGUCAAAGAUAAAGAAUGUUAACAGCAUAAUCUUCAAAAAGAUUAAAAAAUAUAUUCGAUAGUUUAUCCAUUCGGGUUGGAUUAAAUUAUUUUAUUAAUUUUUUGAAAUUUU